GGUCGCCGCCGGCACUGUAAGGCCGGCCGCGAGCCUGGCCCCGAGCGCCGCCGCCGCCGCCGGAGCCUCCGGACCAGAUUAUCUUAGGAAGAAAACCAACUGUUAAAAAAAAAAAUGAAGUUCCUCAUCUUCACAAUUGUUGGCGUUGUUCACCUCGUGUCCCUGGGCUUUGGGAGAGUUAUUCACAAGAAUGACAUCCCUCAGAGGACUUUUCAAGAAAUAAAAGAAGAAAUAGCCAGCUACAAAGAUGUUGCUAAAGCAAUCAUCAAUCUUGCUGUUUACGGUCAAUCCCAGAACAGAUCCUAUGAGCGACUGGCACUUCUGGUGGAUGCUGUUGGACCCAGACUGAGUGGCUCCAAGAACCUCGAAAAAGCCAUCCAAAUCAUGUACAAAAACCUUCAGGAAAAUGGGCUGGAUAAUGUCCACCUGGAACCAGUCAAAAUACCCCAUUGGGAAAGGGGAGAAGAAUCUGCUAUGAUGCUGGCACCACGAAUGCACAAGAUGGCUAUUUUGGGUCUCGGCAGCAGCAUUGGGACCCCCCCAGAAGGCAUUACAGCAGAAGUUCUGGUGGUGACCUCUUUUGAAGAACUGCAGAAAAGGGCCCCAGAAGCAAGAGGGAAGAUUGUAGUUUAUAACCAACCCUAUGUCAACUACCCUAUGACAGUACAGUAUCGUGUCCGGGGUGCUGUGGAAGCUGCUAAGGUUGGGGCUUUGGCAUCCCUCAUUCGAUCAGUGGCUUCCUUCUCCAUCUACAGUCCUCACACAGGUAUUCAGGAAUACCAGGAUGGGGUGCCCAAGAUCCCAACAGCCUGUAUUACAGUGGAAGAUGCAGAAAUGAUGUCAAGACUAGCUUCUCGAGGGGUCAGAAUUGUCAUUCAGCUAAAGAUGGGUGCAAAGACCUACUGUGAUACUGAGUCCUUCAACACUGUAGCUGAGAUCACUGGGAGCAAGUUUCCAGAGCAGGUUGUACUGGUCAGUGGACAUCUGGACAGCUGGGAUGUUGGGCAGGGCGCCAUGGAUGAUGGUGGUGGAGCCUUUAUAUCCUGGGAAGCACUCUCACUUAUUAAAGAUCUCGGGCUGCGUCCAAAGAGGACUCUGCGCCUGGUGCUCUGGACUGCAGAGGAACAAGGCGGAAUUGGUGCUUCCCAGUAUUAUCAGUUACACAAGGUAAAUAUUUCCAACUACAGUCUUGUGAUGGAGUCUGACUCAGGAACUUUUUUACCCACUGGGCUGCAAUUCACUGGCAGUGAAAAAGCCAGAGCCAUUAUGGAGGAGGUCAUGAGCCUGCUGCAGCCCCUCAACAUCACCCAGGUCUUCAGUGGUGGAGAAGGUGCAGACAUUAACUUUUGGAUUCAAAAUGGAGUACCUGGAGCCAGUCUACAAGAUGACUUAUACAAAUACUUCGCCUUCCAUCACUCCCACGGAGACACCAUGACUGUCAUGGAUCCAAAGCAGAUGAAUGUUGCUGCUGCCGUUUGGGCAGUUGUCUCCUAUGUCGUUGCAGACUUGGAAGAAAUGCUGCCCAGGAGCUAGCAAGAGCGAGGAAGGAGGCACUUUCAUGCGCGCUAGCCAAAAAUCCUGGCUCGGCAGCUUCGGGAAACCACUUUUCACCUAACAGCUUCCUCUGAUUCAUCUUCAAAGCACAACCCUUCAUAUCAUAUCUUCCAUUAUUGUCUUUCUUGAUACUUUUUAAACUCUCUAUUUCUAGAAUGAGUAAUGAUCUUACCUCCAGAUAGAAUCAACAUACAGUAGGGGUCACAGUGGGGACAUUUCUUUAUACUGCUGUUUGAAAAUAGUGUUUCUACUUUGAAAAUAAACACUGAAUAAAUAUUUGA